CAUCACACACACUCACUUACACUCACACAGGCUCACACACACUUCUUCAGCUCCUGAGGGGAAAUCUACCGAAAAGUGACGAUGGGGAAAAUUAACGGAUGCCUCAAAUGUCUCUUUGUUUUCUUCAAUGUGUUGUUUGGUAUCAUCGGAUGUCUUCUGAUCUACGGGACCAUAAAGGUUACUGCCUACAGCCUUCAGAUGUCGGCGUUCGGGGCUCCCAGCCUGGCGUGGCUCUGGGUGUUUGCAAUCGGUGUUCUCGGCAUCUCCUCCCUGGGAAUCUACGCGGCCUGCUCUGAGAAAGCUCUGGCCCUGAAAAUAUUUGCAGGUUUCAUGGUGGCUGGGAUGAUCAUCAUGAUGAUCUUUGGCAUCGUUAUCGUUGUCAUGAGAAACCAGCUCAGAGAUUCAUUUGACAGCGCCUCCGCUGAAUUGGCAAAGCCCUUCAUGAAAAACGAGGAAUUGAGAGAAGCUCUCAACCAGCUGCAGGGAUCUCUUCACUGCUGUGGAGUGGUGAGUCCCAAGGACUGGGCUGAUGACAUCCCCCAGUCCUGUGAGUGCAGCGGGCACGGGACCGGACCCUACGGUGGACGUGAUACCUGCGUAGCCAAACCUCAGGGAACCAGUGGCCCAGACAAGAUCUAUCAACAGACCUGCGCCGACUUCUUCUUCUACAUCAUUAACCUGGCCUGCAAUAUCACUAUGGGCUUCUUUUUCGGAUUUGCUGUCACCGCACUGCUCGGCCUGCUGGUGUCGCUCCUGAUGAUCCAUCAGAUCAAACGUCACGACAGUGCGGACAGUGCGUCAUACGCCAUGAAGAGCUUCUGACGACCUUUGACCCCUGCCCUUUAACCUCUGCACUGUAACUGGGGGACUCAGUGAUCAUUGUGUGACUUCUUUCACUUUUUUACAGCGCUUCUGGCUUUUUAAAGAUUGAUUCAUGUGGGAGAAAAAGUGCUUUUUAUCGUAGAAAUUUAAAAAAACAAACAUUUAUUUUUGUGUGAAUUAUAAAGUAUAUAUAUAUAUAUCUUUUAUGUUAUUUGAUGGUAUUUUAGUCACCUCACGUAACAGACAAGCAGUUUGUAGGCUCAACAUUGUUUUAUGACUAAAGGUCUUUCAACCCACAGCGGUCGUAACAUUAAUUUUUUUAGAAAAUGAUGGUUUAACAUGUUCAGGCUUGAAAAAAGCCCCAAGACGUUCAUCUGAGCGUGAUGACUGCAGUAGGAAAUCAGCACAAAUUCAAAUGUGACUCUCGUAUUUCAAACUUAUAACUUAGAAAAUAACGUUAAAUGAAUGUGACUGGUGAAAAAUGGCGAACAGGCUAAUCGGAUAGCUUCCACCAUUUUGAAAUCGCCCAUUGUUCAUUUUCUCUCAAAGUCUCUACGGUCAAAAUCUUGUGCUGUCAAUUACACAUUUAGUACGAUAAAAGAUUGAACAUUUAUCUGUGGAUUUACUUUGUCUUUACAGCUUUUCAAUUGGAAUUAUGCUUUGAAGUUUGAUCACCAACAUUUUCCUGAGCCUAGUUUUACAUUUUCAGUGUCAAUUGUUUUUCAAGAGUUGGCUUUUCACUGGUCAACAGAAUCUUAGCCUGUUUUUGUCUUCUGUCCACGACGAGGUUAAGUUUUAUAUGAGAUUACAGAUCAUAACUCCCCAAUAAACAAUUCAAAGAAAACA